GCAGGACAAGGCAGUGCGAAGGAAGAGAAAGAGGGAAAGAAAAGUGACCGAGAGGUCACCGAGAAUCCUCACCCUGGUGCAGCGGGAGUCGCCCCGAGAGCAGCCUCCCCGCGAAAGAGCCUCAGCCUGCCUGGAAGAUGCCGAGAUUGUGCAGGAGCCGCUCGGGGGCCCUGCUGCUGACUUUGCUGCUUCAGGCCUCCAUGGAAGUGCGUGGCUGGUGCCUGGAGAGCAGCCAGUGUCAGGACCUCACCACGGAAAGUAACCUGCUGGUACGUGGGCCAUGGCCGCCAUCUUGGUUUGGGCAUAAGAUGGGACUGGGGCUGGGGCUGGGGCAGCACAAAGAAAGAGGGGGCCCCUAUAAGAUGCAGCACUUCCGCUGGGGCAGCCCGCCCAAGGACAAGCGCUACGGCGGAUUCAUGACCUCGGAGAAGAGCCAGACGCCCCUGGUGACCCUGUUCAAAAAUGCCAUCAUGAAGAACGCCCACAAGAAGGGCCAGUGAGGGCGCCGCGGGCAGGGGCUUCUCUUCCUGGGAAGUCAACCCUAAAGCUCCGCUCCUUUCCUUCCUUCCUGCCACAUCGCAGCCUGGGUGUGGAGUUGCCCAGGCGGUGAUGGUGGCAGGUAUUCUGUCUCUUAAAGCUGUCUGUAGCUAGGAAAUAAAACCUUUAAAGUUUCACUUCCUA